CUACGUGCCGAUGUCCAACCGUACGGGACUGGUGCGCAGCCCGUUCGAGGAGCCGCAGUAUUACCUGGCGGAGCCGUGGCAGUUCUCCCUGCUGGCGGCCUACAUGCUGUUCCUGAUCCUGGGCUCUUUCCCGAUCAACGCGCUCACGCUCUACGUCACGGUGCAGCACAAGAAGCUGCGCACGCCGCUCAACUACAUCCUGCUGAACCUGGCGGUGGCCGACCUGUUCAUGGUGCUCGGAGGCUUCACCGUCACGCUCUACACCGCCCUGCACGGCUACUUCCUGCUGGGGGUCACCGGCUGCAACAUCGAGGGCUUCUUCGCCACACUCGGCGGUGAGAUUGCGCUCUGGUCUCUGGUGGUUCUGGCCAUCGAGCGCUAUAUAGUGGUCUGUAAACCCAUGAGCACGUUCCGCUUCGGGGAGAAACACGCCAUCAUAGGAGUGGGCUUCACCUGGGUCAUGGCCCUCACCUGCGCCGUGCCCCCGCUGCUGGGGUGGUCCAGGUAAAAAGAA